UCAGUGACGUAAUUUGAGAACACGGGCUACGGUACAAAUAUUUUUAGCCCCCUCCAAAAAAAUAUAGAUUUUUUUCGACUAACAGAUAUAAUUAUUUCAACUAUUUUGAUUACUGUGGUCGUUUUUCCGUUUUGCGACUUAACGGCGACGGACCCUUUGACACGAGGAUAGAAGAGAGGGGACGGUGCUGCAACGGCUGUGCCUAUAAUUUUUACGACGCCGGUACCCGGGGCUUAAUUUUUUGGAACUUUCUGGAAAAUUCUUAAUUUAAUAUUAAGGUUUUGAGGUCAUCAAAGAAAUGUCCCUUACAAAAUAUUAUUGUUUGUCCAUAAAAUACCGUUUUGGAAAAUUCACUAUAAUUAAACAAUUGUCCAAAAAAAUUGUAGUAUUGAAAUCACUAAACAGCAACAUGCUAACACCAUUGGAACGAUACGUCCCAUUACUUAAAAAUAAAUUCAAAAGCGAUUAAAAAUAAAUACAGAGUAUAUUAGACAUCACUGGGUCCGGAACUACAUUCCAAUACUAAUGGCUAUUUAUAAAAUUAAUUCGCGAAAUACAUUGGAAUCCCAAUAUUGCAAGUGUAUUGGAAGGGAAGGUAUGUGUUAUCGACAUACACUGGACAGCCCGCACCCACCACUUAACUGACAGAAGGAUGUCAAGCGUGUACGGUGUUACAACUUGCAAUAACACCCUUUUUUUACACGUAAUUAUUAGUUAUGUGUAUCAUCAUUUUUUGUAUGAAUCAUACAAUUUUAUUUUAUGUAUAUUUUUAUAUUUUAUUGUAGAAACUUUGCAAUUUUUAAUUACAGGUAUACUUUUAUACAUUAUUUUUAUAUUUAAAUUGUAUAUUUUAAAUCAUACGACCGUCAGCUGGACGCUUUCUUUCAACCUUAUAAUUAUAAUACAAUUUUAUAUAAUGGAACAUGGAGGUUUCAUUUAUGACAAUUUGGGGAAGAAAAAAGGCGUUACUUACUAUCAAUGUGCCAAACGAGGACUCAACUUCUGCAAGGGUUCAUUGAAAAAAUCGACUGAUGGGACAUUAAUUAUCAUCAAACCCCAUAAUGGACAUGAAAUAAGAGACAAUAAUGAGAUGUUAAUUAAAUCUUUUAGAUUGAUUCUAAAAACGCGAGCCAGUAAAGAAAAUGGUUUAUUAAAAUUAAUAUAUGAUCAAGAAUCAGAAAGGAAUCCUGAAGCUAGCAGUCUCUAUUCUUGGGCAACAGCUGAAUCUAUAAUGCGUAUAGCGAGAAGGCACUCUCUUCCGAAAUUACCAACUUCUUGUACUGAACUGGCAGUUCUUUUUGAAAAUGGAACACUUCCACGAUAUUCAUGCUGUAAUGAAAGCAUAUUUAAGGGCUGUGUGCUAUGUAUUGACGGUCACCAAAGUCUAAUAUUUGCUUGCACUGGUUUAAUUCAAUUAGUAGCGAAUGUUGAAGAAAUACACGUUGAUGCUACAUUCAAAAUUGUAUCCCCAAACAUGGGUAAACAAUUAUUAACUAUUCACUGUAUGAUUCAAAACCAUUCCAUACCUGUUGUAUAUUGUUUAAUGGAAUCAAAAUCAAGGAAUGCCUACAUUAGUGUUUUAAAUUUUGUGAAAUCGAAUAUUGUCCCAAAUUUAAACCCAUCUGUUAUAAUAACUGAUUUUGGGACAGCCCUUCGAGAUACAUUAAUAUCAUUAUUUCCCCAAGCAAGAGUUGCUGGUUGCUGGUUCCACCACAAUCAAGCGGUAUGGAAAAAUAUGAAAAAAAAAGGAUUUCUCCAUUUAAUAAAUACUAAUGGUCAAGCAUUAAAAGCUUUGAGAAUGUUGUUUGCUUUGCCAUUACUACCUGCUGCUGAUAUAGAGAGAGCGUAUGAAGUCAUUCGGUUAUUUGCCAUUAAUCAUCAAGUUCCUAUGACUAGUUUAUUUAGUUAUUACCGAAGUUAUUGGAUAGGACAAGUUGGUGUUCACGUUUUUUCUGUCCAUGGACUAUCAAGGCGCACUAAUAACAAUGUGGAAAGUUUUCACAAUAGUUUGAGACUAAAAUUAUCAGUGGCGCAUCCAAACUUAUGGAUUUUUCUUAAUCAGUUAGCUCGUCUAAGUAUGAAUUACCAUACAAUAGUGAAUCAGUUGUCAAAUAAUAUAAGGCCAACAAGAAACUAUAGAGUAAAUUAUGUUAUAAACUCCAAUCGUAUAAAGAAUGCAACUAGCCAAUAUUCUCAAGGACUGAUGAAUAUGUGGCAGUUUUUGCAAAUAUGCUCUCACACUACUACUGCUUAUGAACAACGUCAGAGAAAUUGGGCAUUACAGGCAGAGAUCAAUAGCAACCCAAAUGCUUAUAUACCUCUUUCAGAAGAUAACCGGAUUGAUGAUUCUGCAGUAGCUGAAGAAUUAAUUGCUAACAUACCUGUAGCCAUUUCUGAGGGUGCAAAUGAAACCGUAAAUAUUGAUGACAAUGAUUCGCUUGACGAUGAAAGUAGAUGUGUGACAUGUUUGGUGAGGACGCUAAGGGAAACUCCAAUAAGGUAUAUGAUUACUCCAUGUGGGCACGCAUGGAUAUGCAAUAGCUGUAUGCUGACAAUUCUUAGGUCUGACCCUAUAGUAAAAUGUCCUGUGUGCCGUCAAAGCAACAGUCAUUUUCAACGUGUAUUUUUUACCUUUUAAAAUUAAGUGCUAUUAUUUUGUGCACCCACUAAUAAUAAAUAUUUUAGACUUAGCAAAAGAGACAUUAAGGUUUCAACAUAAUGAAUAAAAACUAUUUUUUACUCGUAACAUUACAAAUAAAUCAUCAGAAUCAUAGGUUUUAUCAUUGACUAUAAAUAUUAUAGAUGGCCCACCAAGACAAUUUACAGUUCUGGACGUCGACAAGGGGUGAGCCCUAAAGUAUCGUUUUAAAUAAAAAUGAUACUAUUAGCAACCACCCCGUGUCGACAUCCAGAACUGAAAAUUGUCUCGGCGGGCUAUCUAUGAUAUUUAUAACUAAUGGUAUAAUGAAUUGAUGUUUUGAUAAAUUUUUAUUUUUUUGUAUUAUUAUUCCUAUUAUUAUGGAACUAAUGUGCUUUUUACAGUACUUUUGUUUAAUUUUAUAAUGAUAGUGUAUCCAUAUCAGAAUAAAACUGAAAAGUUGUAUGUGUUUAAAAAUGCAUUGUGACUAAAUAUUUAAAGUCUCGUUAAGUAUUUUAUUUAUAUGAAUUGUUUUAGUUAUACAAGAUUUGGUAUAAUGCAUUGAUGUAUUGAUACAUUUUUAUUUAUUUGUACUAUUAUUCCUAUUAUUAAAGAACUUAUGUGCUUUUUAAAUGUACUUUUGAUAAAUAUUAUAUUUUGUUUUUUUAUAAUAAUAGUAUAUCCUUAACAGAAUAAAACAGAAAAAUUGUAUGUUUUAAAAAUGCAUUGUGACUAAAUAUUUAAAGUCUCGUUAAGUAUUUUAUU